CGUGCUUUGCGCUCGAGCUUUGGGAGAAGGGAAACAGCAGAGAGACAGAGAGAGUCACUGUUCCACACUCACAGCGAAGACGACGUAAUUUGAGUCUGGCAUAGCGAUUUGGUCGAAGGGGUGGGGCAAAUAAAAAGCCACGCUUUCGGAUCACAUCUCAUUCGGUGUUUCUUUUGUGAUAUAGCAAUUCACAAGGACGUAGCGGUGCUUCUUUUUGGGGCUGCGGCGCUGUUUUUUCUUCCUAAGAGGCGAUGGAGUGGCCUGCUUGUACGGAUGAAUACGAAAAACUCAUAAUACGCAUGGGCACUCCCAGGGUUGCCAUUGACAAUGCGGUUUGCUCCACAGCGACUUUAGUCAAGGUUGAUAGCGCCAGAAGGCAUGGUAUUCUAUUGGAUGCCGUACAGGUGCUUACUGAUCUCAACCUUUCAAUUAAGAAGGCCUAUAUUUCCUCCGAUGGCAAGUGGUUCAUGGAUGUUUUCCAUGUCACUGAUCAAAACGGAAACAAGCUAACAGAUGAGAGCGUUUUGAAAUACAUUGAACAGUCACUUGGGAGCGUUCAAAAUGUAAGAACGAACAUUUCAAAUGGUGUCACUGUGCUGGAAUUAACUGGAACUGACCGGGUUGGCCUUCUAUCGGAAGUUUUUGCUGUUCUGGCUGAUCUUCAAUGCGAUGUGGUUGAGGCUAAGGUUUGGACUCACAAUGGCCGCAUUGCCUCGUUAAUCUAUGUAAAAGAUUGCAAUUCUGGGUCCAGUAUUGAGGACUCUCAGAAGAUUAAUAAGAUUGAAGUGCGCUUAAGAAAUGUUUUGAAGGGAGACAAUGACAUUAGGAGUGCUAAAACUUCUGUCUCCAUGGCUGUGAUGCACACUGAAAGAAGGCUGCAUCAAAUGAUGUUUGCCGACCGCGAUUAUGAGAGGACUCCCAUUCUCAAGUUUACUUCUGAUAACCCAUCAGUUACCGUUCAGAAUUGGGCUGAAAGGAGUUAUUCAGUUGUGAAUGUUCAGUGCAAGGACCGAAUGAAGCUAUUGUUUGAUGUUGUAUGUAAUUUGACAGAUAUGGAAUAUGUUGUGUUUCAUGCAACUAUUAACACUAAUGGCGACCGAGCGUACUUGGAGUUUUAUAUAAGACACAAGGAUGGCACACCAAUUAGUUCAGAACCAGAGCGUCAGCGGGUAAUUCAGUGCCUAAAAGCUGCUGUGGAGAGAAGGGCAUCUGAGGGGGUUCGAUUAGAGUUAUGCACGGAAGACAGGCAAGGGCUUCUUGCAGAAGUGAUGAGAACUUUCCGAGAAAAUGGACUGAAUGUGACAAGGGCUGAGAUAUCCACCGUAGGCAACACGGCUACAAAUGUGUUCUAUGUGACGGAUGCUAUUGGAAACCCAGCUGAUCCAAGAAUCAUCGAAUCUGUAAGGCAGAAGAUUGGAUUAAGCAAUUUGGAAGUGAAGGAGUUGCCGCUGAUAUAUCAAGAGGAGGCAGAGAGAGAGGAUCAAGCGGUUGGAGUUGGUGGAGCAGUGUUGUUGUCUAUAGGGAGCCUUGUGAGAAGGAAUUUGUACAACUUGGGACUAAUCAAAUCCUGUUCUUAAAGUGGAAAUAGGAAAUUUGGGAGUGAGAGUUCUAUGCAACUUUUGUAGCAUAAUAUUCUUUGCUUAAGAUUUGGGCUUUUGUGUACAUAAAAAGUUUAAGGGUGAAAUUCGGUGAUAGUAGGUCUUGUAGUUGGUUGGGUUGGGUUUGGUAGGUGAAAACGGAUAGUUACAUGUACAGCUGUAGGAGAUUGGGGGGUUGCCCCCACCAUUUUAAAUGCUCGUUUGAAUUAGGAGGAAUUGGUUAUUGCCGAAGACGUUGUUCACGUCGGUGGGAAGGUAGUGGGAUGAAUACAGAACUGGAUUCUUGGUGGCUGAAGACAAGUU